UUCUAGGAGUUCUGUCUUAUCGACGUUGUAACUAAUGAUAAAAUGUGUCGUCCGCUAAAUUAUCUACAGAAUUAUGAAAAUAAUUAAUUUAUCAUAAUUUUGUUGAUCGCACGGUGCAUUUAAAGUAACAUUAUUCAUUAAUGAUUUGUAUUUAAAUAGAAUUUUAUUUGUUUAAGAAUAUUUUGUACUCUAACGCUGUUCGAGGUUAUGUAUAUUGUUAUUUUACACUGCAUUGUAAUUUCAUACGUUUACUGAUCUGUAAUUAUGGCAUCAUUCAUUAAUGGCAGUCAAUUAUUUAGCAAAUGUUUGAAACGAAGUUUGGACUUAAUAAAAGUUCCCAGCCGUAAUAGGGGACCAAUAGGUCAGCCGAAAAAGCGUCAUCCUGAAUGGCUUCCCAAAACAACACGCGUGCUCUACAAUGAAGGGCUUACUACAGAUAACAAGGAAUUUCUGUCAGAAGUUGUGGCAUCUACCAAUGGACUUCUUAAUACUGAAAUUAAGUCUCCUUUGAAUACAUCAUUAAUUCCAACAGCUACAGAAUGGACAGAAAAAUCCAAACGUACUGGUUUACUUGGUAGAAAGAUAGGAGUGCAUCCAAUGUGGUUAAAGAAUGGACAAAAAGUGCUAACUACUCUAAUACAGAUCAUAGAUAAUGAGGUUGUAAAAUAUAUACCGCCAGAAGAGUUUCAUCCAGUUAAACCCAGUAAACAUAAAAAUAUUAGACAGAAAAAUGGUUGUCUUGUAGUUGGUGCAGAAAACAUUAAUCCACAAUUACUUACUAAAGAGUAUUACAGUAUAUUUGAGAAAGCUGGAGUUACACCAAAAAGAAUAUUGGCAAGAUUUGUAGUUACACCAAACGCGGUUCUCCAACCAGGAACUCCUUUAAUGGCGACGCAUUUCAAACCAGGAGAGUUCAUUGACGUUCGCGGGAAAACGGUAGAUCGUGGCUUUCAAGGUGUUAUGAAAAGGUGGGGAUUCCAUGGUAUGCCUGCUUCUCAUGGUCAAACUAAAACACACAGAAGACCAGGUAAUAUUGGUGCAGGAAAUUAUAAAGACAGAGUAAUGCCAGGUACGAAAAUGCCUGGUCACAUGGGAAAUCGUUGGCGUGUUUUGAAAGGUGUUAGGAUAUUACGAAUCAACACUAAAUAUAAUGUAAUAUGGGUAAUGGCGCAGAAUGUACCGGGAGAGCUAUACACUUUAUGUUAUUUAUACGAUACGAUUCUCCCAACGAAACGAAAUACUUCGCCUAAUUUCCCUACGUAUUUGCCGCCGAAUCAAAAUGAAGAAACCGAACUUCCGGAAAAUCUUUACGCGGACGAUGUUCAUGCAUUUACCGAUCCAACGAUUGUGUACGAACCGGAAUCGUAAUGACAACACAGUAAAUAAACUAAUGCUUUAAUAAUUAAAAA